AUGGGCACCGUCUCCAGUCUGGCGAUCGCCGGUGGGCACCGUCUGGAAGAUAAAAGAUACUGUACCAAGAACUUCAUACCCGCACAGCCAGAUGAUUUGCCCCCUCGCGUCAGAACGCCGUUGUACCAUCAUCACUCCCGCUGUACCAUCACCGCCGCCGCUGUACCAUCAUCACCGCCGCUGAACCAUCAUCACUCCCGCUGUACUAUUAUCACCGCUGUACCAUCACCGCCGCUGUACCAUCACCGCCCUGUACCAUCACCGCCCUGUACCAUCACCGCCGCUGUACCAUCACCGCCGCUGUACCAUCACCGCCGCUGUACCAUCACCGCCGCUGUACCAUCACCGCCGCUGUACCAUCAUCACUGCUGUACCAUCAUCAUCGCUGUACCAUCACCGCUGUACCAUCAUCACCGGUGUACCAUAAUCACCGCUGUACCAUCAUCACCGCUGUAUAAUCAUCACCGUUGUACCAUCAUCAUCACCGCUGUACCAUCAUCACCGCUGUACCAUUAUCACCGCUGUACCAUCAUCACCGCCGCUGUACCAUCAUCACCGCUGUACCAUUAUCACCGCUGUACCAUCAUCACCGCUGUACCAUCAUCACCGCCGCUGUACCAUCAUCACCGCUGUACCAUUAUCACCGCUGUACCAUCAUCACCGCUGUAUCAUCAUCACCGCUGUACCAUCAUCAUCACCGCUGUACCAUCAUCACCGCUGUACCAUCACCACCGCUGUACCAUUAUCACCGCUGUACCAUCAUCACCACCGCUGUACCAUCAUCACCGCUGUACCAGCAUCACCGCUGUACCAUCACCGCCGCUGUACCAUCAUCAUCGCUGUACCAUCACCGCCGCUGUACCAUCACCGCCGCUGUACCAUCAUCACCGCUGUACCAUUAUUACCGCUGUACCAUCAUCACCGCUGUACCAUUAUCACCGCUGUACCAUUAUCACCGCUGUACCAUUAUCACCGCUGUACCAUCAUCACCGCUGUACCAUCAUUACCGCUGUACCAUCAUCACCGCUGUACCAUCAUCACCGCCGCUGUACCAUCACCGCCGCUGUACCAUCACCGCCGCUGUACUAUCAUUACCGCUGUACCAUCAUUACCGCUGUACCAUCAUCUCCGCUGUACCAUUAUCAUCGCUGUACCAUUAUCACUGCAGUACCAUCAUUACCGCUGUACCAUUAUCACCGCUGUACCAUUAUCACCGCUGUAACAUUAUCAUCGCUCAUCACCGCCGCUGUACCAUCAUCACCGCUGUACCAUCAUCACCGCUGUACUAUCACCGCCGAUGUACCAUCAUCACCCCUGUACCAUCAUCACCGCUGUACCAUCAUCACCGCCGCUUCACCAUCACCGCCGCUGUACAAUCAUCACCGCUGUACCAUCAUCACCGCUGUACCAUCACCGCCGCUGUACCAUCAUCACCGCUGUACCAUCACCGCUGUACCAUCACCGCUGUACCAUCACCGCCGCUGUACCAUCAUCACCGCUGUACCAUCAUCACCGCCGCUGUACUAUCACCACAGCUGUACCAUCAUCACUGCCGCUGUACCAUCUUCACCGCUGUACCAUCAUCACAGCCGCUGUACGAUCACCGCCGCUGUACCAUAA